AUGAAGAGCUACUGCACGAACUCAGUCUAUCUGUCUCUUAUGCGUGAUCAGUGUCCACUCACAUGCGGUUAUUGCACCGGUACUGCAACCACAAGAGCGACGACGACUUGUGCUGAUACAAAAAAUCCACGAACUGGAGUGAACGAAUGUCCUGGAAUGUCCGCCUAUUGUUUUAACUCAGCCUAUCUCUCAUUGAUGAGGACGCAAUGCCCCAAGACAUGCGGAUACUGCUAUUAG